AUGGCCCUUCACCAGCCCGUCCGCGUAUUUCCCUCAACCCCAGGUCCUCCAACCACGACGGCCCUGUCCAUCCUGGACAACACAGUGGCUCGGUUCUCUCCAACGGGCGCCAUCUGGGUCUUCGACGCAUAUCCUCCUCUCGCUCGCGAGGUCUUCCUCUCCCAGCUUCAGGCCUCCUUCACAAAAACACUCUCCUCAUUCCCUCACUUUGCCGGCCAACUGCACUGGGACACGUCAACCCAGCGCUUCAACCGCGCAGCCGUCACCUACGGCUCUCCCUCCGACCCAGGCGUCGAAUACACCGUCAUCGCCUCCUCCGCAAACAUCUCCAUCCCCAAGGCCACCAUCUGGGAGGGCACGUUCCCGCAAGAGGCCCUCCUCGCCUCGCAGACGCCCCUCGCGCUGCACGACCUCGCAACAGCCGACGGCCUGCCCGCCAUGAUCGUCCAGAUCACCCUGCUGCCCCAGGCCUACGCCGUCGCCGUCAAGCUGGCGCACCCGCUCGCCGACGCGCACACGCUGCUCCAGUUCAUGCGCCACUGGUCCGCCGCCCACGCCGCCCCCCCGCCGCCCACCACGCCGUUUUUGCCCCGCGCCGUCUCGACGCCCACGCCAUCCACGGCGCCGGCCGUCCGACGCGCGAGAGGGACGCCGCGCUGA